GCAGGAAGCUGCUGUGGACUGUGGACUAUUUGCAAAGUCUAGGUUUUGGAUUUGAGAAGUAAACUGUGAGACAGAGGCAGCUGAUGGAAAUAUGAGAGAGAGCUGAACAUAAGAAACUAAAGCGGAAUAUAGGCUCAGUCUGUAUCCUGAUGAAAUUCAGAUAAGGUAAAUGGGAACUGCUGUGUUUUCCUGCAAUACAAAUCUCUUUUGACAGAGUUUGUUCCAAGUACUGCCCAGCUGUAUGUUGUUUAAGAGGAGCCUCUAGGGGAAAAUCAGAGCAAAAGCUGGGAAAGGAAGUGAAAGCAUUUUUUUAGGACGAUCGUUAAGACUGCCUUAAAGUGGUACAUCUGGCAAUUGAAAGCAGGAGGUAGGAAAAACAUCCACAGCUACAAGACAGGAGUAGCAAGCAGACUCCAGAGAGAGUCUGACAAUAACCUGAAGAAAAGACUGUCAGGAGAAGAGGAGGAAAUGGCUUGGAUUUCACUCUGGCAGCGUGUUUUCUACCUUACUGUCUUUGGAUUGCUUUACCCAGCCACUAGCUCUGGGGAAAGCAGUGGGCUUUCUAUUAACACAGAAGAUAAUCUCACUGGGAAAUCUACCAUCUUUAGAGAUCAGCAUCCAGUGGAUGUAGAGAAUCAGUCUGAGAAGAACUGCCCUGUAGGUUUCUACAGCACAGAUAAUGGAGUAUGUCUGCCUUGCAACUGCCAUGGACAUUCAGAGCAGUGCCUUCCUGAUUCUGGAAUCUGCAUUAAUUGUCAGAAUAACACAACUGGAGACCACUGUGAAAAAUGUAUUGAUGGAUACAUUGGUGAUGUUGUUCAAGGCUAUUAUAAAUCUUGUCAGCCUUGUCCUUGUCCUCUAAGUGUACCUUCAUACAAUUUUGCAGUUUCCUGUAUGAUUAAAGCUGAUAAAUUGCGUUGUGUUUGUAAGGAAAAUUAUGCUGGAUCCAGAUGUGAAAGAUGUGCACCUGGUUACUAUGGAUCACCUUUAGCAUUUCAAGGCAGUUGCAAAAAAUGUAACUGUAAUGGCAACUCCGAUCCUAAUCUAAUAUUUGAUGAUUGCAAUGAAAUAACUGGACAUUGCCGUAAUUGUCUGCAAAAUACAACUGGAAUCCAUUGUGAGCAAUGUGCCCCAGGUUACCAUGGAGAUGCCAUCAAUGCCAAGAACUGCACAGACUGUCCCUGUCAGAAGUGUGGCACAAUUGAGUGUGAUCAUGUGACUGGGCAUUGCCACUGUAAGCCAGGAGUAACGGGAGCCUGGUGUGACCGUUGUAAGAUUGGUUACUAUGGAUACAGCAGCUGUUCUGGAUGUUUGAGAUGUGACUGCGCCCUGGCUGCUAAGGAUGAAUAUUGUGACCCUUUGAAUGGCCGGUGCACAUGCCUACAUGGAGUUACUGGAAGGCGCUGUGACCGCUGUUUGUAUGGGUUCUGGAACUACGGACCAAAUGGGUGCCAGAGGUGUGAAUGUGAAGGACACUGUGACAGUGAGACAGGAGAGUGCAUGUCAGCACCCACUGAGUCACCAAAUAAUUGCUCAGUUGUCAGAUGUGACAAGUGUAUCUGGGACUUAAUUGAAGAUAUGAAAGUAGCAGGAUCAUCACUGGAAGAAGCUAAGUCCACCGUUUUGAAUGUUAUUACUGGUGAUGCCUUUAACAGCCAAUUGAACAAAUUCAAUUUCACAGCAAUCCACUUCAAUAACCAAAUAAUAGAGAUGAGAAAACAAUCAGAAUCACAGAAACUUUGGAUAGAAGAUAUUGAAACAGCAGUCACGUCCCUGGUUACCGAUCUUAAUGCGUUGGCUGAAAAGGAGAACAUAACUCUCACCAAUGCACAGCUGUUUGAUAAAGAAACCACCAAUACCAGUGACCAUGCCACCCAGAUUAAUGGACAAAUUACUGAUAUUGUCAAUUUGACUCAAGAUAUUAUCGAAGGCUUAAAUAAGUAUGGAGUGGAAGAAGAGAUUGCACCUGAGGAAAUUGACAAAAUCUUUUCAAAGGUAGAAAAACUGUUGCAAGAGAUGAGAAAACGGAAUUUUUCUGACCAUGAACCACUUGCCGAGGAUGAGAGAAUAGCAGCUCAAGAAUUGUUCGAUCGUGUUCGUGGACUUGAAAGAAUGCUGAUGGAGACCACUGAUUCCAUUAAUAGAAUAUCGGACAACAUUAUCAAUUAUGAUAGUAACCUCUUAAACCUGAAAGAUGCACUUGAGGAUGCAAUCAAGACUGUUCACCAAACAGAGGAGAAGAACAGACAAAACAUUAAUGAAUACCACAGAAAAAAGAGAUUACAUGAUGAAUUGAACAAACAUUUUGACGCUGUUAAUGUGACCCUUGAAAUGGCUAAUGAUGAUCUGAUAGACACAAAGAUUGCUAUUUCAGAAAUAGAAGACAAAAUUGGGAACCUGUCCACAUUCCAUGCUUCAAUAGACGGCGCCCAGAAUGUACUACGGCAGAAACUAACUAAUCUCUCCACUUAUGAUAAACCUUUGGCUCUCCGGGCUAUAGAAUAUGCUGAAGAACUUCGUAAACUUGCCUCAGAAUUGUCCAAUAUUUUGAAGAGUAUAGAUACAAAUGGUAUUGUCCAGAAGGCGAUAAAUGCUUCAAAUGUCUAUGAUAACAUUAUCCAAUAUGUGGCAGAGGCUGAGGAGAAUGCAACGACUCUGCUCAGUGCUGCACAGAGAGCGGAGGAUGCUGUAGAAGGAAUUCAAACACAGAGCACAUGGCUCAGAAACAUCAGUGAGGUGCUUUUGAACAAAGUAAAUGAUUUACCUGAGACCAUGAAAGACAAAGGUGCUUUUCAUGAGACCAGGCGCCACGUGGAUGCAGUUAUUUGGAAGAAAAAUGCCACAAUGAACCUUCUAUUAAAUGCCAUGAAUCAGUUGGCAUUAAUUGAGCCAGGUAACAACAGGUUGAACCGAUCAAAGCUAAUUGCCGAAGAAGCAAAGGAUACUUCUCAGAUGGUUCUACAGACUGUCAAUCCUAUGGGUGAAUUGGUGAGAGGCUGGCUUCAGAACCUGAGCACUUCUGCUGACGAUGGAAUAGCUUUCAAGAAGACAGUGAGCUCAGCCGGGGACACAGUGAAAAAUUUGACAGAAAUAGUUCCACAGCUUUUGGAUAAACUUAGAGUUGUGGAAGAAAAAAGGCCAGCAAACAAUAUUUCUGCCAGCAUUCAGCGAAUCCGGGAACUCAUCGCACAGUCAAAGAAUGUGGCCAGCAAGGUUCAAGUCUCCAUGAAGUUUGAUGGCCAAUCUGCUGUAGAAGUUCAUACAAAAUCAAAUUUGGAGGAGCUCAAGUCUUUUACUUCAAUGAGUUUGUACAUGCGAGUUCCUCCAUCAAGUGAACAAGGUCAAACUGCCACCCAAGAUAGAUUCAUUAUGUAUCUUGGAAAUAAGAAUGGAGGGCAAGAUUACAUUGGUUUAAGUAUUAAGAAUGACAAUUUGGUUUUUGUCUACAAUCUUGGGAGCGGAGAUGUUGAAAUUCCUUUAAACUCAAAGCCUGUGAGCACUUGGCCAAGCUACUUCAAUUUAAUUAAAGUAGAAAGAGUUGGAAGGCAUGGAAAAAUACAAUUAACUGUACCCAGCCCAGGCAGCACAGCAGAGCAAAAAUUCAUCCAGAAAGGAUCAGCUGAAGGUAAUGAUUCUCUGCUGGAUCUGGAAGCGGACGACAUGGUAUUUUAUGUCGGAGCUGUACCCCCAGGUUUCCAGCUUCCUGGGAGCUUGGACCUGCCUGGCUUUGUUGGCUGCAUUGAACUAGCCACACUUAAUGGUGACAUUACAAGCCUUUAUAAUUUCAAGCAGAUAUACAACUUGAACACAACCAUCCACAGACCUUGCACAAGGUACAAACUUGCUUUUGCCCAAAGUAGGGCUGCCAACUUCUACUUUGAUGGUUCAGGCUAUGCUUUUGUGCGUAACAUACAAAGGAGAGGAAAAUUCAACAUAGCGACUCGCUUCAGUCUGGACAUUCGCACGUCAGCUGACAGUGCCCUUCUGCUACUGAUGGUGAAUGGGGAUAUGUUCUUCAGUAUGGAAAUGCAAAAUGGUUACAUACGGUUGGUUUAUGACUUUGGAUUCAGCAAAGGCCCUGUCGUUCUCGAGGAUACUGACAAGAGGAAGCUUAUAAAUGAUGCAAAGUAUCAUGAGGUCUCAUUCAUUUACCAUAAUUACAAGAAGAUAAUCCUGUUGAUUGACAGAAUCAAUGUAAAAAGUGUUGAAAAUGAAAAGAAGAACAUGCAAUUCUCAGAUGUCUAUGUUGGUGGAGCCCCUGCUGAGAUCUUAUCAAGACUCAAGUCACACAUAGCUGUGGAUGCAGGAUUUCGGGGCUGCCUUAGGAGUUUCCAGUUCCAGAGAAGAGACUUCAAUAUAUUAGAGGAAGAGGAGACAUUUGGAGUCAGCAAUGGUUGUACAGAAGAUUCUCUUAUGUCGCGCAUGGCCUAUUUCAACGGUGAAGGUUUCAUCUCUUCCACCGAAAAGAUCACACCAUUUUCAAAUUUUGAAGGAGGUUUCAACUUCAGGACCUUACAAUCGAAUGGGCUGCUUUUCCAUUACAAUGAAGGACCUGAUACCUUCUCCCUUGCAUUGGACAAUGGUAUUGUCAUUUUCAAAAUUAAAGAAAUAACAAUGCAAUCUACAGAGAAGCAAUAUAAUGAUGGGCAGAAUCAUUUUGUUCGAGCAACUGUCACCCCGUCAAGUUGCCUAUUAAUUGUAGAUGAUAAAGACACAGCAACAGAAGCCUGUUCCUCAAAAGAAACAGGCCAACCCAAAGGAAAAUUCUACUUUGGAGGUUCACGGUACAGUCAAUACGCAAACUUCACAGGUUGCAUCAACAAUGUUUAUCUGAGCAGACUUGAUAAAGAUAUUGAAGUUGAAGAUUUCCAGACAUACACUGAGAAAGUACGAGCCUCUCUACAAGGCUGCCCAGUAGAAACUUUACCGGCAGCAAUUUUUCUUAAAGAUGAAAAGAACUUUGUAAAAUCCAAGAGAGGACGCGAUAGAAAGGUACAGUUGGGGACAGAUAAAGAAGAAUUAGUAAUACCUGCAAUAGCCCAGGAAGCAAAGAAAGGAGGAAAUAACCUGCAUGAAGAUGUACACUGCAACCAAAUAAACAAUCUCAAAAUAAUCCACCAUGCACAUCAAUAUGGGGGAUUUCCUAACAGCAGACAGGAGAUUUAUGGAAUCCCUAAGUUUUUCAAUCAUAGAUCUCAUUUCUCCGUCAACGUGAGAACUCAAUCUUCUCACGGACUCAUAUUCUAUGUGGCGAAUAAGAAUGAAAACCAAUUCAUGGCACUUUUCAUCGCUCGUGGUUACUUUAUUUACACAUUCAGCAAUGGUCACAGCAAACUGAAAAUAAAGAGCACAGAGAAAUAUAAUGAUGGUAUCUGGCACAAUGUCAUCUUUACACAUGAAAAUAACAAAGGGCGUUUGGUAAUAGAUGGUCUCCAUGCUCUGGAGAACAGCCUCAACAUUCCUAUUUAUUCAUGGCAAGUACAUGAACCAUUCUACAUAGGUGGUGUGCCUCUACAAAAAGCCAGAAAAAACAUUCAGGUCAAAUCAAUCCAAAGCUUUGAUGGUUGUCUUCAGAACUUUCAGCUAGAUGGACAGUCUCUUCCACCGGCUGCCCAUACAUUUGGUGUUACACCUUGUUUUGAAGGUCCAACUGAAUCAGGGACUUACUUUUCUGCAGAAGGGGGAUAUGUGAUAUUGGAUGAUUCAUUCAAUGUAGGAUUACAGUUUGAGCUGGUUUUUGAAAUCCGUGCUCGAAAUCAUUCAGGAAUCCUGAUACACAUUCACAGUUCCAGCCAUAAAUACCUGAACGUCUUCAUGGAACACGGACAGAUCACAUUAAAAGUUAGUAAUGGAACUGCAGAGUUUGAAACUUCAGUAACUCCAAAGGAGAGUCUCUGUGAUGGUCGGUGGCACAGAAUAGCAGUCAUCAGAGAUUCAAACGUUGUGCAGCUGGAUGUGGAUUCUGAAGUAAAUCAUGUGGUGGGGCCACUAACAUCACAUUCUUUCUACUCCAAGGAACCAGUAUUUGUUGGCGGAGUGCCAGGGUCAUUGCUUAGCCCAAAAUUGAGAAUACGCCAAUCAUUCACUGGCUGCAUGAGAAACUUCAACAUCAAUGGAACUCCUGUCAUUUUCACCAAAGCAGCACUGGUCAGUGGCGGAGUCAGUAUCAACUCUUGUCCAAGUCCAGCAGCCUAGUACUUGGCAACUCUGCUUCUGCAAACCAUAUGCAAAAACUUGAAAGAAAGCUAAGAUAAAUUACUUUCUCGUGUAGUUUUGAGGGUCAGGGAGGGGUCAAUAAUUUUUCUCAAUUUGAUUUGGUUGGGUUAUUUCAAUACUUCCAUCCCAUCAGUUUUCAGUUUUCUCAUGUAUUUAUUUCACUUCAUUUUACUUCCCACAAGUUAAAUCAAUUUAGAACCAAUAAAUGUUCUGUUUGCUUCUUCAGCCUUGAAAAUGCAAAAAAUCUAGGUUCAUUGCAAGGUCACUAACAGUGAUGAGUGUGCCAUUUUGCACUGUGCACAUGUAAGGACAGCAGUGGCUCAAACUAACCAGAUCAGUCAUUGCUUAGAGAGUGUCAAUAUAAUGCCCACUCCUCUCUUCAGGAUAAUGAAGAGAAGCAGUCCUCUUUAUGCAACCUCACACUAUGCCGUUAGGCUAAUGAUACCAUUCCGAUUUCCCAACCAAUUGUCCAAUAGAGCUCCUCUGUUGUGUGAUUUAUAGAUGAAGACCACUCACCUGACCAUUGCAAUGACCUGAGCUGGUUAUCUGGCACGGAGUCAAAAUCCUUAAUUUUAAUUAGCAGAUAUGCCAUCCCAUUCCACUUCAGGCAGCAGACCUUAGAUCUAUGGGUCUAAUUUAGAGGCAUUCUAAAGGAAUUAAAAUAAUCACAAAAAAUUCUUUGGGAAUUGGGACAUCCUUGCUUUAAGAAAUCAUAAUUGUGGAGUUUGCUUAUCUCAAAAGUGUUAAAAACCAGCCUGCUUGUUUCACAUAUGCAGUUGCCAGCUGGGUUUGCAGCUGUCAUGUCACUCAUGAGCUGACCCACGUUGUUAAAGAUUUCUCCAUGCCACGGAGUUGAGGGAGGAUGGGGAAUAGGAAGGGGGCAGAUUGUGGAAACAGAGUAAGGAGGGGAAAACAGGCAGUGGAAGGGCGCAUCAGCACAUGGCCAUUGAUUUCUUUUAAUUUGAAUGAAAAUUACAGGGGAUAAUCUGUUAAAACAAAAAUAAAUCUGGGGUGGGUGGGGUGGUCAAUUUAAGUAAGGAGUUGCAUCUGCUUACAAUAUCAUCAAUGCACAAAAUGCUACAGGGAAAUAGAAUCAUUGUUAGGGUGAAUCACUACAGGGAGCACCUGUUCCAAUUUCCCAAUGGCAGAACUUGGAAAGAACAUAAGAAAUUGAAGCAGAAGUAGUCCAUUCAGCCCCUCAUGCCUGCUCUCCCAUUCAAUAAGAUUAUGGCUGAUCAUUUACCUCAGCACCACUUUCCUGAACUAACCCCUUAUUCCUGGAUUCCCUUAAUAUCUAAAAAUCUAUCGAUCCAUUUUCACUGCCAAGCAACUGAACCUCCACACCUCUUGUGGGCACAGAACCCCAAAGAUUCACUCCCCUCUGGGUGAAGAGAUUUUUGUCCCAAAUGGCAAACCCCUUUUUUUGAGAUUGUGACCCCUACUUCAAGAUAGCACAGCAAGAGGAAACUUUGUCCCUGCGUCCAACCUGUCAAACUUUGUAAGAUUUCAAUGGGACAGCCUCUCAUUCCUCUGAGCUCUACACAGCAUGGGCCCUAGUCUGCUUAAUCACUCUUCAUCUGACAAGCCCACCACCCCAGGAAGCAAUAUGGUGAAUGCUCACUGCACAUACUCUGUCCCAAAUAUAUUAUUCCUUAGAUAAAGACACCAGACGAUUAUAUGCCGUGGUGAGACUACAUCUGGAUUUGAAUAAAAGAGUAGAGGUGUCUUGCUGCAAUUAUAUAAGGCCCCAGUGAGACGUAUGGUCUCACCGUGGUGAGAUCUAUGGUCUCACCACAGCCUUAUAUAAUUGCAGCAAGACACCUCUACCCUUGUAUGCACAUUCUCUUGCAAUAAAGUUCAACAUACCUUUUGCUUUCCUAAUUGCUUGUUGAAACUGUAAGUUAACUUUCAAUGUUUCAUAUGCAAAGAUACCUAAAUCCCUCUGAAUAACAUCCUUUGAUCUCCCACCAUUUAAAAAAUACUCUACCUCUCUACUUUUUCUCCCAAAGAUGACCUCAUAUUUUUCUGCAUUAUUUUGCAUCAACCAUGUCCUCACCUAUUAACUUAGCCUGGCUACAUCCACCUUACAGCCCAUACUGCCAUUCAGCUUUGUAUCAUCAGCAAAUUUGAUUAUAAUACAUUUGACCCCCUCAUUGAAACCAUCAAUAUAGAUUGUGAAAAGCUGGAAAGAGGAAAUGUGUUAACAGGAAAAAGCAAACACCAAAAUAGGCACAACUUUUUAUUUGCAGUCUACAUAAUAAAAACAAGUUCAAAUUGCCCAAUUUCUAGGCACGUAUCCUCUAGAGAAUUUUGCAAAGUGACAAAAUUUCCAAAACCUUCCAAAUGUGAAGGAUCUUUUCUGCAAAGUAAAUUUCACGUUUAUAUCUCGAAUCGGAAGUUUAGAAGAACAGAGCUUAUCCUGUAUGAAGACACUGAAAGUUAGUUAAGGAUUCAUUAAGAAUAAUGAUAUUUAAACUUAGUGAGCUGAUGCAUUCACAUACGCAAUCACUCCCGAUAUCUUAUUUUUCAACAAUUCAGCUUGUAUUUAAAUCAAAGCCAGCUUUUAGCCCCACUGGGUAAAUGUUUGAAAAUUAUGCUGGUGUGGUAGGCUGAGUAAAAUGUAGACUUCCUGUAAUAUUCCACAUUUCCAUGCAACAAGAUGUUGGAAAAUCUAGAAUGAAAAUGGAGGCUAUCUUCCCAUGAAUGCUAACAUAGAGUCCUCUUACAGGAGCAGACCAAAUUAAUCUGAAAACUGGGUUACAAUUACAUUGUUCUGGUCAUAAACUGAAUUAUAAACCAACAGGUGUUUGGGCCACAUAUGCAAUGUGAAAUCUUUCGAUUAAUAUUCCAUGCAAUUGUUGUAUUAAGUAAAGGUAGCAUUUUUCUCAAAGCUGGCGCUAGCUUGUGCUUUCUUUUGAUAUUAAGACUGAAAGGAUAUUGAAUCCUGUGGGGCCCUCUGGUGGUAAGCUUACACUUCUACAUCACAAUUUUAUAAUUUUGCAACAGAAUAUAAUGUUUUGCCAUUUGCUUUGCCAUUUAUGGCCUUUCAAAAAUAGGUUUGAAUGUAGAAAACUUCUAUCUUCAUUUUCAACAUUAUAUGAAACUCACUAUUUCCAUUUAUAUAUCUCGACAUUUUUUCACCACAUCUUGUUCAGUAUUUUGAGAGCAUUUCCCGGUGCCUAUCAGGUAUAAAGCUUUCCUCCAUAAUAAAGUGGCAUUAAAAACUAAAUAGUAGAUCUUCACAUGACAUCUUAGUUUCAAACACCUGUUGAUAUCUUGUUCUUUGACAGUCAAUUUCUAUCCAAAAGCCCCAUUAUCUUUGCCCAGGGAAUAUCAUGGUCACAUAAUCAGGUUUGUAUUGGGGCUGGAAUUCUUGAGGAAGUUCUUCUAAUACCGCCUGCAGCACCAGAAACCAAAUGAUAACAAGUUAAAUGGCUGGAGAUCAAAAAAACUUCCUUUAGAAAUUCCAAUCCCUUCAAUCCUUUCCUGUAACAGCAUUAAUACCGUGCUUCUUUCUCUAUUAGUAAAUAAGCUAAUUGCACAGCUUGACCAUAUACUUCAAAUCAGUAUUUGAUACAGCCUCCUAUAAAAGUUGAACAGAAUAUCAUUAAUAAGCUUGGCAUUUUGGAAAAUUCAACAUAGGGAAAAUCCUUAGGGGGAGAAAACAUUGCUAAUUCAUUGGUUGGUCCUGAAGUGGAUGUCAUAUUUGUCUAAUUCUGGAUGUACCACAUGUUAUUAUAAAUUCAUGGUUGAUAUCUACUCUGUACAUCAACUAAUAUAAUGAUGUUCAUGGAACACACUAUUAUAUUGGUCAAAUCCAAAGCACAGUAAUUUAUCUCUGUAGUAACUGAUUCCACAAGCACAAAACAAUGUAAAAGUAAACAGGUAGUUUAAAUUGGCAUUAAUAAAUCUUUCAUAAAUAAAAGCUUUCAUACAACCAUUUCAUCAUAUGACUCAGCAUUGGUACCAUUCGAGACCUGUAGCUUCUGUGAGACAACAAUAGGUUCAAAUAUAAGGAGAGUAAAUUCAAAUAAAAACUCAGUUCAUUAUGAGAAUAUUUUUACUUCCAGUGUGUAACUUCUGUUUUUUCAAUUGUCAUGUAAUUAAAAGCUUGUCCAAUGAAUACCAAUUGAUUGAGAAAGCAACCACCAGAAUGAGAGAUAGCAAAACUAAUCCAACUGGGUGAACAGAACAUUUAAAGAGGGAAAGAUCAGGCUAAGAGACCCAGAUAUUAGGUGACAAACAUACAUACACCUAUCCCAAAACAAUGUGAUAUGAUCCUUCAAAAAUAAUCCUCAAAAGUGUAAAGACAACCUAUUCACUGAGUUAUUGGCUCUCGCUCCUGGAAUGCAGCCAGUUUUCCUCCAAAAAUAAACAUAACUUUUGGGCACUUGGGAAAUAUACAAACAUAAACAGUUAUGCUUUGAAUAUCUGCCAGUGAAGUUAUUAGCAACACUGAUUUAAUAAACUGUAAAACCUGA